GGCAGCCCCCGCGAGCGGCAGGGAAGAACAGUUAGCUAACGUUUGUUAGUUAGCUUUAUAAGAAAAAUAGCAUUAUUAAAAGGGGUAUAAUUUGAAAACAUGGGUUUUAUGAAACACGUCGUGUGCGCCAUGUCUGGCGGCGUUGACAGCUCGGUCGCGGCGUUGUUACUAAAGAGAAGAGGCUACAGUGUAACCGGGGUUUUCAUGAAGAACUGGGACUCUCUGGAUGAGAGCGGGGUGUGCGCGACAGAGAAAGACUGUGAGGACGCUUACAGAGUGUGUCAGACCCUGGACAUCCCCUUCCAUCAAGUGUCUUAUGUCAAGGAGUACUGGCACGAAGUUUUCAGUAAUCUACUGAAGGAAUAUGAGAAGGGCAGGACGCCAAACCCAGAUAUACUUUGCAACAAGCACAUCAAAUUCAACCAUUUCCACAAGUAUGCCAUCAACACUCUGGGUGCUGAUGCCAUAGCAACAGGCCACUACGCCAGGACGUCACUGGAAGACGAAGAGGUUUUCCAGCAGGUGAACAGCCCCCCGCGUGCCACUCUCUUCAGAGAUCGAUUUGAGAUUAGAAAUCCGGUGAGGUUGUACAAAGGAGCAGAUCUCCUCAAAGACCAAACGUUCUUCCUCAGUCAGAUCUCCCAGGAUGCCCUCCGACAAUCCAUUUUCCCGCUGGCCGGACUCACCAAAGACUUUGUUAAAAAGAUGGCUGCUGAGGCGGGGUUUCACCAUGUGCUGAGGAAGAAAGAGAGCAUGGGCAUCUGCUUCAUCGGAGAGAGAAACUUUGAAAACUUCAUUUUGGAGUAUCUGGAACCCAAACCAGGGAACUUUGUCUCCAUUCUGGAUGGGACAGUCAUGGGGACACACAAAGGCUGGUUCACUCUGACGCUGGGCCAGAGGGCGAGGAUAGGGGGCCAGAUAGACGCCUGGUACGUGGUGGACAAAGACAUCACUACUGGAGAUUUGAUUGUGGCUCCAACUGCCAAUCACCCGGCUCUUUUCCGCGAUACAGUAGGGACCGACCGCUUCCACUGGGUGACAGUUGACCCGCCCCCUGAACUCGCCAGGACCCAGAUGAUGGAGUGUCAUUUCCGCUUCAUCCACCAGAUGCCGCUCAUUCCCUGCACGGUGACACUUAACAUGAACGGCUCUGUGUGGAUCUCACUCUCCCAGCCAGUCAGAGCUCUGACACCUGGACAGUUUGCUGUGCUCUACAAAGGAGACGAGUGUCUGGGUAGUGGGAAGAUCGUCCAGCUGGGGCCCAGUGAAUACACACUCCAGCAGGGUAGGGAUCGGAUGCUAGCAGCCGUGCAGCACAAGGAGCAGCAGACCCCUGAACCAGCCAGCUGAGAUGAGCUCGCAGCCCGGCUGGUGGAAAUGAGCUGUGUCCGGUACAUGAGGUAGACCACCCUGGUCAUGAACUAAACUCUGUGUUCGACAGGGCUUUGUUGCAUCGUGCCCGUACCAGGGGCCAUGUAUCAACAGCACUGAUCACAGAGGGAGAAAUGGGUUGAUUUCUGCACUGUUUUAAGCAUUUUGUGUUCAAAUAUGAUGAGGUUAUCUGCCAGCUGCUCAGAUAAACCAUCUGCGUUCAGGCCAAAGUGUGUUUUGGAGGGAACACUAGAUGGGAAUAUGCUAAUUUACCAAUUAACAGAAACCUCAUUUUGAAAAGCUUUUCUGACCAUUCACUUUGACAUAUCUAACAUCACUGAGCAGAUCUACAGCGACGCCGCAGUGGCAGCGUGUCUGCUUCUGCUGUUUUUGUUUGCUAUGCAUUGCCUGCACCUUGUCUUCAGGUUAUUUAAGGCAUGAAGACUGUUGGAUAUCACAUGCUUGAUCUGGUCUCUUUAUUACAGAUGUGCUGGAUGGAUUUGUCGCAUCACAGAGCAAAAUCAAGCUCACCUUUUAAAAAAGUGUACUCAGCUCUAAAAUGUCUCAGUCGAUUGGAGACAAUCCAAACUUUAGUUUGGAGAGUUUUUGUUUUCAUACCGUCAGUGCUCAGUGGAAGUGAGGCUGUGUUUUGCAAGGACGUUGGUAGUCUGAGCCCCUUGCUGUUGUUUUCUGUGUUGUUUAAGUUAGAAACCUGUUGCUGACCCAGUCAAAUGGAGGCAUGGGGCUGAACAAUUCAUCCAAAUAUCAAAAUAUUGUCAAAUAUUGUUAACAUAGCCAAGCACAGUAUCCAUUUUUGGAGGAGCUGCAGUUUUUUGGUAAACCUUAAAAUGUGUCACAUUAAAAUGUGUUGUAUUAGUUUGGGAUUCUCUGGUUACAGUUUCUCCAUGACAAGUAAAGCACUGUGGUGCUACAGCGAUGCCUCCGCCUGCACAUCAUAUUCUCCACACGUGAGGGAACACGGUCAUUUACAGACCCCAGCUAAAAUUAUAUCUUCAUUUUUGUAUAUUUUGCAGUGAAAAUGAAAUGCAAAAAUGACCAUUUACACAAAAACUGUGACUCAUGUCGCAAUCGCAAUAACUGUGGAAAUAAUGUUUUUUUUUUAUUGUUCAGCCCUGAUUGGAGGGUCUGGUGGGAUUUGACUCUAAGCGAGCAGGAUUAUCUUCUCAUGUCCACCACAGAGCCCACCAGUGAAAAUGACUCUGAUAUUCUCUUGUUUUUUCAGUAUAAUUAGAUUCAAACUUGUAAUUUACAGUAGCUUCUCCUGCUCAUGUUUUCUGUGAAUUUCCCUCCUGUCCUAACUGUCCCUCCUGUUCACGCUGCCUCUGUGCCAACAGCCGACCCACACUGAUGGUCAGUGUUCAUGGUGGAUUUAAAACAACAUAGAUUUACUUUUUGUUUGUGUUUGAUAAAUUAAAUGAAUACAUUUGGUACUAAAGUAGAACCAAAGUCCAGAGGAGUCAUAAGUAUUAUGUUGAAAAGCCAGUUGGUGUUGAAAAUAGGAGACAUUAUUUCCUAACAACAAACCAUGUUAACAAACAGUUAACUGAAUGUGAUACAGGAAAAUGAGGAAGGUGUUCGUUGUCAUUUAAAAAAUGUUGAGACUGUUCAAACAAAAUGUGUUAAUUUGUUCUUUUGUUCUAAAUAAUUGAAAAGACAGUUGAACUUUUAAACUCAGCUGUUUUAUACUGUCAGUCCAUAUUGUAAAUAUAUAUAUUUUAAUAGUUUGUUGUUUUAAAAAAUCCUAUAAGAACACUGGAAGUGCCUUAUGUCUUUGUUGUUGUAGGUCAUGAAACACGAGUCUUUCUUUAACUACAACCUGUAAAUACUUGAACAUUGGCGAAUACGUGAAUAAACCUAUUAAGUGAU